UAUUUUUUUCCGUAAAAAGGUACAAAGAAAGACGAUAUGAACGUCAUUGCGUAUAAUGAUGUUUAUUUAUUUUUCUUCUUUUCUGUUUCAUUUGUCAGUUUUCAAACAACGUUAAGUGUAGCUCUAACAAAGUUUCGUCGAGAUUUUAAACUUGAUGGUGUCCGAUGUGUAGCAGAAGACACCAUUUUUCAAGCAGAAAAUAUUUCAACAUCUGUUGAAUGUUCUAAGAUUUGCUACAAGAAUAAAUUGUGUCAUGCCAUCUUUUAUCAACCGGAUUUACUCACCUGUAUCGGCUGUGGUGGAUUUGGCAGUGGCGUUGAGAUCCUAAGUAGCUCGACAUGCUUUGUACAGGAUCAAAUGAAAUGUCCUCAAAGCUGGAUUCAGGACAGAUGGAGCUGUUAUUUCAUCAGUUCUGAUAAAAAAUCAUGGACAAUUGCUUUGGAGGCAUGUAGAGAAAAGGGCGGAGAUCUUGUCGAGGUUACCGACAUCAUAGAAAACAACUUCUUGAUGUCAAAUAUCCCGCUUUUGAAAUACAAAACAACCGCAACAGGAUUCUGGAUCGGUAUGACAGACAAGGAAAGAAAUGACACAUUUGUCUGGAUAUCAUCUGGACAGAUUCCUUCUUUGAACGUGUGGGGUCCUGGGCAGCCAUCCCAUGAUAAAGACGAAGAUUGUGCGUAUUAUUAUAAGGACGAAUGGAACGAUAUAUGGUGUGAAAAUGAGAUGCACUAUAUUUGCGAACGUGGACUUCAAGGUGUGUGUUCAAAUAUGUUUACUUGA